AUGGGCCAUGUUGCCGACAAGACGAAGCUCAAGUUCUUCAAGAUCGAUGAGGUUGGCCUGAUUGACGCGGCCAAGAACAACUGGGGAGCCUUGGAGCUCACGAACAACAAUAACAGCUGGCUGGUGCAGAUUCCCAAGGACAUUGCGCCGGGCAACUACGUUCUGCGGCACGAGAUCAUCGCGCUCCACGCAGCAGGCCAGCUCAAUGGUGCGCAAAACUACCCGUUCUGCUUCAGCCUGGCCAUCUCCAGCUCAGGGACUGCCCAGCCAGCAGGCGUCCUUGGCACAGAAUUGUACAAAAAUACGGACCCGGGAAUCAAGUUUGACCUGUUCACCAAGUUCUCUACGUAUCAGAUACCUGGGCCAACACUUUACUCGGGUGCGCUUUCAGUCCCACAAACCAAAGCAGGUGCUAUCAAGGCAACAGCAUCUGGCAUCCCGAGUCUCGCCAAGAGAGCCCGCAGGACACCUGUAGCUGCCUUCGCUGAACCAACUCCUCUUUAA